CACGCAGAAUCCUGUAACAUUUGGUAUAAUAAUAUCGGCAUGUAAUAAUAUAGACAAAGAUGUAAUCUUUUACGGAUGCUACAGUGUUUCAAAUCUUGUCGGAGGCCUUUUGAAUAUCUUUAUUCCAACCACUAUGGGGCGCGGUAUUGCCAACUUAUGCGAGCGCCUCCUAGAGGAAAUGGAUGGAGGCUACCUGUGAAAACGCAUAGACCUGCCAGUGUAGGGCACUGAACAGUAUGUCAAAAUAGUAGUCCACCAUGCACGUCUAGCGUACUACCUAGUACAGUAAUAAACCGUUUGGGACGAAGCCGGUUCUGGAGACUCUUUCCAAAGUAUCCAUUGGAAAUGAUCUCACGACCAUUUUAGUAAACUAUGUACUCACGGACAGUAUUUCAUUUAGGUUACAGAAUAUUGACAUCUGACGCCAGGAAUCUCAAUAAAGAAUCUUCAUGGCAGAAAACAAUUUCCCACCUCUCCCCCGUUUCAUUCCCCUGAAGCCAUGCUUUUACCAGGACUUCAACGAGAUCCCAGAACAGUUCCGCACCAUGUGCAAACGCUUGUACUAUCUCUGGAUUUUGAACAGUGCUACAUUGGCGACGAAUCUGAUUGGCUGUCUUGCAUGGAUGUGCGGUGGGGGUGGGGCCACUAACUUUGGAAUGGCUAUAUUGUGGCUUAUUCUAUUCACCCCUUGCUCUUAUGUAUGCUGGUUCCGGCCCAUCUACAAAGCUUUUAAGAGCGACAGCUCUUUCAACUUUAUGGCAUUUUUCUUCGUAUUCAUGGCUCAGGUUGUGAUCAGUAUUAUCCAGGCAGUGGGCAUCCCAGGCUGGGGAGUCUGUGGGUGGCUGGCAACCAUCACAUUCUUCAGCACUAAUAUCGGCUCUGCUGUGGUCAUGCUGAUUCCCACUAUUAUGUUCACAGCUGUCGCUGUGCUGUCUUUCAUCGCCCUCACCAAGGUCCAUAACUUCUACCGUGGCAGUGGUGGGAGCAUGAGCAAGGCCCAGGAGGAAUGGACAACAGGUGCUUGGAAAAACCCACAUGUACAACAAGCAGCCCAGCAGGCAGCAAUGGGUGCAGCCCAGGGGGCAAUGCAGGGCCAACAGUACUCGCCCCCUCCCACCUACAACUAUAAUGACCCUAUGUAAUGUGUAUUUAUUAGGAAACAGUUAGGAGAGUUAGGCCCGUUUUAUACUUGACACGUGACUAUGCUUGUGUGUGCAGACUCAACCGCAAUCUGAGUGAACAAACAAUAUCCACGUCACGUCACAUGGCACGUCAGUGCCAAAACAUCCCUGUCCAACAGGUUUCCAUGUUGUAUGCAAAACAGACGUUUCUUUUUCCUGUACUAGGGAUCUUGAUUAGUGUUAAUGCACAAAAACUGUUUAGAAUAGUGUGUAAUUUGAGACACAACUCUAGUUUGUUCAGUCUGUGGCAGACAUUGUGUCUAAACUGCCUGCACUAUUUGGGUUGGGCACUGAACACUUGCCUGCAUCAACAAACACUGCAGCACAUGCACACAAACAUGCACUAUCAACAUGCCAAAUAAAUACAGGAUAUGGGUAUAUCUUCCAUACGCAUGUGCAUAGUAAAAGCAAGUAUAAACCUGGCCUUACAAGGGUAUUAGGGAGGGGGGACGUGUGUGUGUGUGGGGGUG